UCGGAUGCUCUCGUACUGUACGCCGGACGCGUUUAUUUUAUUAUUAUUAUUAUUAUUAUUAUUAUUUAGUGGAUUAAUAUUAGGUUAAGUUUUAUUUCUUUUAAUUUUAUAUUUAUAUAGGCGUGUAUUUUUUGUUGUUUGUAAAUCAUUUCUGCGUGCGUGCGUGUAUAUGUGUGUUUGUGUCAGGAGUGCGUGUUUAAAAUAUUUACGUGAUUAGUAAUUAUUGUAAUUGACGAAAGGAAAAAAAUUACAAAAUAUCCGAUGUACAGCAGAAUAGACUCGUCUUCGUUGCUUAAGCGGUGGAUUCAGUCGUUGUGAUCGAGAUCUAUUUGACAAGAUUUAAUAAGAAAAAAACCCAAGAUGGGCUGUUUUUGUACCAGCGCCCGAACACAUCACUGCAAAAUCGUAUUCCUCGACGAUCAAGAACUUGUACACGAAGUUCAGGGAUCGAGUUUGGGUCAAGAAGUUUUUGAUGUGGUCGUAAGACAUUUGAGUCUUCUCGAAACAGCUUACUUUGGCCUUCGUUAUUUGGAUUCACAAAAUCAAACUCACUGGCUGGAUCUUUCCAAGAAAAUGAACAAACAGAUGAAAGGUAAUGAAAACUUCACGUUUUACUUUGGUGUAAAAUUUUAUGCCGCUGAUCCAUGUAAGCUGGUCGAAGAAAUCACCAGGUAUCAGUUUUUCUUGCAGCUCAAACAAGACAUACUGCAAGGACGCGUACCCGUCACCCAAGAGCUGAUGGCCGAGCUAGGAGCGUAUGUCGUGCAAUCCGAACUUGGAGAUUUCGAUCCUAGGCGACAUACGUUCGGGUACGUGUCUGAAUUCCGAUUCGUGUCCAAUCAGAACGCAGAACUUGAGAAUCGAAUCGGAGAAAUACACAAAGAACUCACGGGUCAAGUGCCUGCAGUCGCCGAGCUGAAUUUCUUGGAUAAAGUCAAGUGGCUGGACAUGUACGGCGUCGAUCUUCACCCAGUACUGGGUGAAGACAACGUCGAAUAUUAUUUGGGUUUGACGCCGACCGGAGUGAUUGUGCUCCGGAACAAAAAUAUCGUCGCUAAUUAUUACUGGCCCAGGAUUACCAAGAUCUUCAGCAAAGGAAAAUAUUUCAUGCUUAGAGUGUGCGACAAAAACAACGACGAGAAUACUUACGGGUUUGAAACACCCUCGAGGCCGGCGUGUAAACAUCUGUACAAGUGCAGCAUGGAACAUCAUUCAUUCUUCAGACUUGUCCAAGUGUCGCCCAACCCUCCGGACGUCAUAAGCACUCGAUUUAGCAGUGGCCGAGCGGACAAGUCGUCAGUGAGGAGUUCGCAGAUGAGCAGCAGAACUCCACCAUCGUUUACAAGGACACCUAGUCGCCGCUAUCAAAGGAGGAUCGUCGAAGGAGCCAACGAUAAUCAAACUUUCGGAGACGAGUACAAGACCAGAGAUGAAUUGAUGAUAUCAUCAUCGUUAAAACCACAAGACAAGCUAAAAAACUGUUCCAAUCCUCAACUGCCCGUCCACACCAUGUACGUGCCAAACCGAAGCGAUUCUCCAAGAAGCACCAGAAGCGCACCGUGGGGUGUUUGGUCUAGUGCCCCGACCCGAGGUCUGUAUUCGAGUAGCUCGCCAAGAAGCGUUCGGUCCGGUCCACAUCAGAUCAUGCGUCAUGCCCGCCGGUCGUCCAGCGUGGACAGCCAGAGCUCUAACGACUCAAGAUCGUGUCGCAAGCACAGGCACCGGAACAAUAGACGUUCGUCGGAUAACGAGAGUGAACAGUCGGGCCGAUCGGGCAAGUCACACCGGAAGCACAGGCACCGGAGCCGUAAGUCGUCGACUGGUGAUGACCACGAGCACAGGAGGCACAGGUAUCAACUGGUGGAGUCGGAGGGACAGUGGCGGGAAGUGCAGCGGAGACAGGCUGAGGGCAGGUCGGCAAUACAAAAGGCAUCUGUGGUACGGCCACGGUCGGGUUACGCGAAUAGUGGGCUGGAGUCCGAGAGCGAAAUUUCUCACCAUUCUUCGUCGUACCGGAGACGGAAACACCGGAAACACAGAUCGCGAUCCAGAUCACCGUCAGAGGGUAGCAGCAAGACGCGUCUGCCGGAGGAGCUCAAAAAGCAUUUGGAAUUUGAACUGGUCGAAACGGACGGCAUGACAGAAGAACAGUUGCGAGAAAUACCGUAUACGGCGGUGAAAACAUCCUUGAAGACCAAUAACUCGUCACCACCCCUGUCAUCCAAACGGAAAACAUAUUCGUCUCGAAGAGCUAAAAGUUGUUCGUUAAAAGACUCGACAGUACCAGAAGCCGGCGAUAGUCCACCGCCUCCGUAUAGUGAAGGUCCAGCGGAUAAAUGUACGGUCGCUGUCGCCGUCUCCAUGUCCAGUUCGAAAAGUGCAAAUCAGUUACCAAGAACGCAGCAAUCUAACCAAAAUGGACUGAUAACGACGACGAGGACAUCUGCUGACCCUAACUACAGAACUACGAGCUCCGCGCUAUACGCCAACCCAUCGACGUUACAUGUGGGCUCGGUAAACAGCUAUCGUCAUUCUAGUCAAGACCAACGGAAUCUCAUGAAUCAUUCCCGAUGGUUACACGAUCUCGAGCAAAAAGACAAUGCGCAUAAUAGGAGGACGGAAAAUCUGAUGCGAGAUUUCCCUUACAAUUCAGCCAGAUCAUCGCCAAAUGGGAAUGGCACUGAACGACCCUCUCAAAAUGCGACCAGGUCGACUCCACCGCUGUGGUCUAGUCAAGAAAUUCGCGGUACCCUCGGUGGCGGUAGUGUUCCAUGGCAGUGUGUCCCGGACCACGUAUAUCCGGUUAGCAGUUACGGGCCACCCAAAAACAUUAACCAGGCGGCGUAUCAGAAUCGCAGCAACAACAAUCCAGAAACGUGUGCAACGUCGGCGAUGGUAGACACGAAUCGGAACAACUCGACCGCGAUGACGACGACAACUGACGACGCUAAGAACACAGCCGCUUCCGCAUCGGCUGGACAGUCGAUCAAAUCCAGUAAGUCUUUCGAAAGCGGAGUACUAGGACAGCACGCCAACACGCCCAAUGGCGUUAUUCCGUGGCCGGGUGACAGAGGUAAGCCCAGACCGCCGUCACACCAGUGGGAUCAUCACAACGGUACGUCGCCAUCGCCACAUCACAAUAUCCACCAUCAGCAGCAACAGCACCACUACCACCAUCAACAGCAGCAGAAUCACCAACAACAGCAACAGAGCGGGUCAUCCCCGUACAGUGGUGGUAAUGAAGUCCUAUACCUGGGGAACAGAUCUUCGGGGAUACGCAAUUCUUCCAGGGGCAGUCCAACGUACUUUUCUCCACAACACAACCACGUGGACAGACUAUCAAAUUCCGAGCUGAGAUCGUCUGCUAGUCUCGAGGAGAUCCUUUCCCCAAUUCUGCAGAGCAAACUGACCACGUGUGAGUAUUAUUCCAUUAUAUUUCGUGAAACAUGAAAUCGAAAAAAUAAAGGCACUACCUAUACGAUUCAUUAUGGGUAUAACACAAGCAAUAAUAAUAACCGAUUGAUUUUAUUUGUUUUCCAACAGAAUCUCGCGGGACCAAAACUUCAGAAUAUGUAUCGACACGAUAUUAUUAUCAUCGUAAUGAAUUCCGAUUGAAAUACUACGUGCAAUCACCGGAAAAUCGGUUACGGUCGCCAAUUGGAUGACGCGACGCUACGCCGGCUAUUUUUUACGUAUAAUAUUUAUCAUUUAUCAUAAUUUUUUUCAUUUAUAUGACGCAAGCGCGCACUCACGCACGCACACAUAAGCCAUAUUAUAUUACAUUUAUAUAUUAUACGAACGUGUACAGUGUAAAAAGAAAACGAUUUAUCUCAUCACUAAGUAUAUACCUACCAUGUAUGUAUAUAAAUAUUAUAUAUAAUCUACACAUAUUAUAGGGAAACUUUUUGGAGGAUAUAAUAUGUCUAUGUACACGAGCUCGAGUUUUCUUCUUCUCCGUUAUUAUUAUUAUUUAUUCUUUUCACUUUUGAGAGAAACCGUCAAAGGGCGUCGAUAAGUCUGAGUUUUUAUUAAAUAUUUUUUUUUUUAUAUAUAUAUUAUUAUUCCUAUUUCCUUAUCCUUCUCUUAUUCUUUUUUUUCUUUUGAUACUCUCGUCGUUUUCUCUCGUUUCCCAUUCGUAUAUAAUAUAUUAUUAUUAUUAUUAUUAUCGUUUAUCGUGUCUCCGUCGCGCUCGUUGGAUUAAUAAAAAUAUAGUACUAUACCAAAGCUCAAUAUUAUGAUCAACACAUGUGUUCCGUGCAUAUAUUAUAAAUACAUUAUUACAUUUAUUAUAUUUAUAAAUUAUUACUACCUAUUAUUAGUUGUCUUGUAAGUAUUGUGUUGUAAGUACGUUUAAUGUGUACAUUUUUUUUUUAUUUUACUACAUAAUAUCAUUAUAUUACCGUAUUGUAUAUUAUUAUUAUUAUAUUUACAAACUGUGUGUUUUCACGCGUGAGGCUGUACCUCUAUUGAUUUUUGUUUAUUAUUAUUAAAAUUUUUGUUUACAAAAAUAAAAGGAUUUCAAUAAAUUAUUAUAAUAUUAUACGGGUUUAACGAAGCUUAAAUAAUAUAAUAUUACUAUGUUUUAUAUUUCAGAUGAUAAUAUUAUAAAACAUAUUUAUAUAUACACUCAACAAUUAAAUCGAAAUUCAAACGAAUUAUUAUUUUUUUUUUCCGAUCGUGAUAUCAAAAUUAUCUUGUUUUAUUUUUUUUUCUGUGAAAAUAAGAAAUAAUAUUUGUACUGAUAAUCAAAUACUACUUUUUAUUUAUUUAUUUGUUUGUUUUGUUUUUUUUUUUAUGCAUACCAUUUAAAAUGAAAACACUUUUUUGGUGGUCACUAUAGCGCAGAGAAAAAUAUUUGCACUUUUGUAUUAACCGUAUCGUUUGUUGUGUUAUUUUAUCUGUUUGCAGUGGAAUCCGUAAAUAAGUUGAAUAAUGACAUAUUAUUAUUGUAUUAUAUUAUAUAAUAUAAUAAAAUAAUAUUGUAUUAUAUUA